AUGGCGGAAGCGCGUGUUGUGCCUCAUCAACAUUACACUGUUUUCGAAUAACGGUCCGAUUUUUCUGAUUUGUGCUGUUAUAAAUCAAUACGAUGGAUUUUGCCGUCGAGAGUCACUUCAACAAAAUCGUGCAUCUCCUUGACAAGAGCGACAAAUUGAAUGUCAAAGAGUUCUUCGACCAAAACGUCUUCAGUGGACGCUCUGGAUUUGGUGAAGUUAGAGAGAAUUUAAAGACCCAAUUGACCUUAACAAAAUCAUCGAUCUCAGAGACCGUUCGCUGCUGUUUGGAAGAAUGGCACAGUCACACAAACUCUACUUAUCUUGGAGGAAAGGUCCAGUGGCGUGUCCAAAAAGCCUGUAAACCUGAACUUCUGACACAAGCUUGGCUAAAGUUUUACCAGAUUCUUAAGACAUUUGAUGUAGUCACAAACGCUGGAAGUGAGGAGUUUUCUUCUCUACACUUGUGUGAAGCACCAGGGGCAUUCAUCACCUCUCUCAACCAUUUCCUGCAGCAAAGCAGUGCAAGUGAGGAAAAUCGCACCAAAUGGAGAUGGAGGGCAACCACACUAAAUCCACACUAUGAAGGCAACCCUGGUUUGGAAAUGGUUUCAGACGACCGCUUCAUCAUAAAAACAUUGGAUAAUUGGGAUUUUGGUCCAGACGGCCUAGGUGACCUCAAGAAUUCAGAGACAGGAAAGCACUUAGCAGAUCUGGGACCUUUUAAUCUGGUCACUGCCGACGGGAGUGUCGAUUGCCAGGAUAACCCUGGGGAGCAAGAAAACACUGUGGCCAGUCUAUUGGCAUGUGAGACCACCACUGCCUUAUCAGCGCUUGCCAUUGGCGGAAACUUUGUGAUAAAAACAUUCACUUGGUUUGAAUGGUCAUCGUGGAGCCUGCUGAGUCUUUUGUGCCACUGCUUUGAGGCAGUAACUGCAAUUAAGCCAGUGUGUAGCAAGGAGGGAAACUCAGAAGUCUACUUGGUGUGUCUAAACUUUCAAGGCUUGCCCAAGGACGUGACUUCUCUGCUUUGGGAUCAUUACGGGAAGCCUUUGAAUGUGGAGAACAUACCUGAAAAAAUCUCAAAGCGAAUCCUGGAGGCUUCAACCUUUUUCAACGAAUUGCAGCAUUCAGCGAUAAAGAGUAACUUGAAGUACUUCCAAAAUCCUAAAAUCUACAGAAGUGCCAAGAUGAACAUCAAUUGCAUGCAGAAUGAAAUCGCCAGCAGCUUUUUGGAAAGAUUUGACCUAAGUUAUCCAGUGCAGAACUCAAUCUGCGGUAACACAAAUUUCCAGAGGCUGAUUCGACCCGCAUAUCCUUGGUCACCAGAUCAGACCCAUUUGAUUCGCUCCUCCUUGCAAAAAAUGGACUAUUCUCAAGCUAAAGACGUCUUAGAAACUGUAGUUUCAAGUCUCAGCCCAGUAACUGCAGAAGAGGAAACUUUUACUCUUCCUUCUGAGAUACCAGUGAUCCAGUGCGAGCUCCAACUAAAAUACGGAACACCUUACAAGACCUUGACAAACUCUCGAUUUUGUGCACCACUUCUACUUCAGCUGCACAAUUACAGCCGUAAUCUCUACUGCAAUAUAGUCCCUGUGCCUGAUGGAAUUAACUUUAUUGUUGGACGUUUGUGGAAAAAAUCUAUCUGGAACAGUUUGCAAACCCUUGGGCUUCAACAGAAGUUUGUUCUGAAUGGCUUCAACCUCUUUACAUUAGUGGACGUUGGAAUACUAGUGCUUCUAAGACAAGACUUUGAGCAGUGUGUCCUGACUGAGGUCACUCCUGAAGGAAGUACGUUCGAGUUCACCGGUUUCAAAGGUGCAAGCGCCAAACUUGAAAGUGCAUUGAUUUGCGACGAAGUAAAUGAGAAAGAACAGCAGUUGCUUGAAGUUGUGCCGUUGUCAUUGAUAUUAGACAGCGACCUGCACCCCCUGGUCGAGCGAGCGAACCAGCAGACGGUGUUGCGUUUGGCGCAGGCGACGCUGGCCCUUUUACCUGAAAAUCGAGGUCCUGGUGGGGGUCAGCUGACCGUGUUACUCUAGGCGGCUCAUUCAACAACCGGCCAUGGACAAGGACUCUGCUGACUCCGUCUCCUCCUCGUCCAAGCAAGGGGCCACUAGUAGCGGCGGCCAGCAACCAAGACAGGUGCAGGUGACGGCCAAGGUGCUUUUCGGCUCCGUCUCCGCCAUAACCU